GGGCCCCCCUUAGGCAACUGGAGGCCGCGGCCGUGCGGCCAUGUGAGGGCUAAAUCCUCGCAAUGAUGAUUAUCAGGAAGGAAAAAGUUGAUGACAAUUAGAAGAUUGCUGAUGAUCAUGAUUGUUGGUGGUGAGGAUCAUGAUGAUGAUCGUGCUGACGAUCGUGAUGAUCAUCACGAUGACUAUCAUGAUGAUUAUGACGCUGAUUAUCACGAUGAUUAUAACGAUGAUUAUCACGAUGAUUAUCAGGGGGAUGAAACUGAUGACAAUCACGAUGAUGAGCAUGAUGACUAUCAAGGCGAUGAUGAUAUUCAUGAGAACCAUAACGAUGCCGGUGAAACAAUGGCCAUCACGACAAUGAUCCGUGAACAAUUUGUGAUCGCCACGGAUGAUAACGGUAAUGACGAUGAUCAUGGUGGUGACGGUGGCAAUGGUGGCGAUGGUGGUGAUCGUGGUGAUGGUGGUGAUGCUGGUGAUGCUGGUGAUGGUGGUGAUGGCGGUGCGCCAAUGACGAUGAUCAUGAUGUUGAUGGUGAUGAUGGUGAUGAUGGUGGUGAUGGUGGGGAUGGUGGGGAUGGUGGUGCGGCAAUAACGAUUAUCAUGGUGUUGAUGGUUGCGAUGAUGGUGGUGACGGUGGCAAUGGUGGCGAUGGUGGCGAUGGUGGUGACGGUGGUGAUGGUCGUGCGGCAACGACGAUGAUCAUGGUGUUGAUGGUGGCGAUGGUGGUGAUGAUGGUGAUGGUGGCGAUGAUGGUGAUGGUGAUGGUGAUGGUGAUGGUGACGGUGAUGGUGAUGGUGGUGAUGGUGAUGGUGAUGGUGGUGAUGAUGGUAAUGCUGGUGAUAGUCGUGAUCGUGGUAAUGAAGGUGACGGAGGUGA